AUGGGACAAUCAGAUCUAGAUGUCCUGCUCGAUAUGGGCUUUGACAAAGCUCGGGCCGAGUUAGCAGUGAAGAAGUCUGGUGGAUUACAGGGAGCUCUCGAGUGGCUCGAGAAGACCCAGGACAAGCCCCUUGAGGAUCUCCAAAACGAAGCCAAGGAGGACGAGCUGGAGGCGGCCGGUCCGACCAUCUCGUCUGUGGAGGGAGAGGUCGCGAAGUCCCUGGUCUGCAACGAGUGCGGCAAGAAGUUCCGAAACCAUGCUGCCGCUGAGUUUCACGCAUCCAAGACUGAGCACACCGACUUCUCUGAGUCCACCGAGGAGAUUGCCCCCCUGACCGAGGAGGAGAAGAAGGCUCGUCUCGAGGAAAUGCGCCAGAAACUUAAGGAGAAGAGGGCCAACCAAGCUAUCCUCGACAAGGAGGAUGCCAAGAGAAACGAGCAAAUCCGUCUGAAGUCAACCAGGGAAACCCAGGAUGCGAAGGAGGAACUGAAGCGCAAGGAGCAGCUCAAGGAAGCCGCGGCGAAGCGGCAGGAGAAGUUAGCUGACCAGGAGGCUAAGAAGGCCAUCAAAGCGAAGAUCGAAGCCGACAAGCGGGAGCGUCAACGCAAGGCAGAGGAAGCCAAGGCCGCUCGGGAGGGCCGAGCUGUCCAGGCUGCUGCACCAGUGGCUGCAACACCUGCUCCUCCUCAGCGAACUGUCUCCCACAACGAGGCGCGGCUGAGACUUCAGCUGCCGAGCGGCAAUGUGCAAAAGACGUUCCCAGCCGACACGACACUGUUCGAGGUCGCCCAGGCACUUGAGUCUGAGGGCACGCAUGUCAAGACCUUUACAAUGACCUUCCCUCGCAAGGUAUUCGAGGCUAGUGGCAUCGACUCCGGCAAGACGUUGAGGGAGGCAGGGCUUGUCCCAAGCGGCGUGUUGAUCGUGCAAUAA